AUGCAGAGCACAGAUAUAACCCGAAGUAUACAAAUAAAGAAGUAUGCUCUAGGAGCACUAAUAGUCACAUUAACCAUUCUUACCACUACAUCCAUGUUUAUGUACGCACUCAAACCAAAAGAAGAGCAACAAAGCCAGGCCACGCAAGCACUAGAUCCAUGUAAAAAAGAGGCAGAGCACGUCUCAAAAGAGGCAGUGGCAGAGAACCCGAAUACAGGCCAGACAGACCCCAGGGUGCUUAUACAGCUACUGCAAGAGCGCAUGGCAAGCGACGAGGAGAAAACUGUGCAGCUAGAGGAAGAGAUUGAAGCACUAAAAGAGACGAUAAAUAAGCAAGCGAAUGUCAGUGCGCUGUUCAUGGCCAACAUACGAGAGACAGACACGGCCAUAGAAAACAUAAAUACGAAUGUAAGCGAGUCACAAAAGAUACUGCGUUCCCUUGUUCUAGACCAUGAAAAAUCCAUUAUUAAGCUAAACAAUUUUAUUUUCGGGACCGCUGGUGUGCCUGCUGUUCGAAAAAAGCCUGAAGAGAAAGUGUCGGUGUUCAAUGGCAGCCAGGAGGAGGAAGAGCAGCCAACGAACCUCGUCUUCUAA